AUGGGUUGGUUUGUUAUCAUCCUCAUCAGCCUGCUGGCAACAACAGAGUCAGAAAACCAAACUUGCAAACUGAUGGGGCACACAGGCUUCCUGGAGUUCUCCAAGGAGGGAGACUUUCUCAUCGGAGGGGUUUUCUCCAUGACGAGCACGCGAAAACUGAUAGAUAACGACUACGAGGCAGUGCCGCAUUAUUACUGUGAAGCUUUGAACGACAGGGAGCUGAAGUUCGCUCGCACCGUGAUGUUCACAGUGCAGGAGAUCAACAAGAACGGCAAUCUCCUUCCGGGAAUCCAUCUGGGAUAUUUUCUGUACAAUGGCUGUGGCAGCGAGAACCUGAUACGAGCAGCGGUAGAAGCUGUAACCCGAGUGGAUGCUACCCAAUGUAGCGGUCGGAUUCAGGCCCUCCUCGGCCACUCGUCGUCCGGGGUUAGUGAGGACAUCAAUUUUAUCCUGAGCCCAUUCUCCAUUCCACAGGUCAGCCAUCUUUCAACGUGUGCGUGUUUGUCAGAUAAGAACUUGUUCCCCACUUUCUUCAGAACGGUGCCGAGUGACCGCUUCCAGGUGCUGGGCCUGGUUCAGCUGAUGAAGUAUUUCGACUGGCGUUGGGUGGGGAUCAUUUAUUCUUCAGGGUUGUACUCGGAUGAGGGCACAGCAGAAUUUUCCAAAGCGGCAUUAAAGGAGGAAAUAUGCGUCGAAUAUCGACUGCCGUACUCAAAGUCCUCCACAAAAAAGUGGAACGCCAUCGUGACGGCACUGAAGGAGUCCUCAUCCAGUGUUGUUCUUCUGUUCAUGUCCUUAUCAUUCACUAAGUCCUUCCUGUCCAAAAUGGAAAGUUCCAACAUAACCGGCAAGCAGUUGGUCGGUAGCGAGGCGUGGAUCACACAACAGGACCUUGCCUCCGCGGAAAGGAAGAACAUUUUACAGGGGGCGAUGGGAUUUGCGCUCCCCAAGGCAUCCAUUCCCGGGUUGGGCCAGUUUUUACUGGACCUGAAGCCAUCUGAUGAGCCUCAGAGCAGUUUAAUUAAGGCUUUCUGGGAGAAGUUCUUCGACUGCAGCUUCUCUCCUUCCAACACUUCAAUCCUGUGCACCGGCUCAGAAGACCUGAGAAGAGUCUCCAGUGAUUACACGGACGUGACACACUUCAGAGAAGAGAAUAACGUGUACAAAGCUGUGUACUUGGUUGCAUAUGCAAUUGAUGACUUGCUGAAGUGUGAGAAUGGAGUCAAUCCCACUACGGGAAAACCCUGUGUGAAGAAAAACCAGGUUCAGCCCAAAAUGGUUUUGGAGCACAUCCGGUAUGUGAAUUUCACAACCCAAAAUGGGGCCAAGAUGUUCUUUGACGAAAAUGGAGACUCAGUCGCUCAAUACGACUUAGUCAACUGGCACGUGAGAGACGACGGCUCAGUCCAGAUUGUUACCAUCGGUCAGUACGACACGUCUUUUCCAGAAGGGAGAAGGCUCAAGUUGAAUGAUGACGCCAAAAUAAUAUGGGCCGGGAACAGCAGCAAGGAGCCAAGGUCUGUGUGCAGGGAACCGUGCCCUCCAGGGAUGCGGAAGGCUGUAAGUAAGAACAUGCCUGUGUGCUGCUUUGACUGCUUUGAAUGCCCAGAGGGAACAAUAAGUAAUCAGACAGAUUCUCCUGAAUGUGUGGCAUGUCCUCCGGAAUUCUGGCCCAAUGCAAAGAAAGACAGUUGCCUCCCAAAACCGACCGAGUACCUUUCUCACCAAGAGAUCAUGGGUGCGCUUUUAACCGCGUUCAGCUGCGUGGGUGUUUUUUUAUCUUUUCUGACAUCGCUCAUAUUUCUAACCCAUAAAGAGACUCCCAUCGUCAAAGCCAACAACUCGGAGCUGAGCUUCCUGCUGCUCAUCUCAUUAAAAUUGUGUUUCCUGUGCUCUCUGACCUUCAUCGGUCGGCCAACCGAGUGGUCCUGCAUGCUGCGUCACACAGCCUUCGGCAUAACAUUCGUGCUGUGUAUCUCCUGUGUUCUGGGGAAAACUUUAAUGGUGCUGAUGGCCUUCCGGGCCACACUUCCUGGCAAAAAUGUCAUGAGACUAUUUGGGCCUGUCCAGCAGAGGCUCAGUGUUGUCACUCUCACCCUGAUUCAAGUUAUGUUCUGUAUCAUUUGGCUGUGUACAAACCCGCCUUUCCCAGCCAUGAAUCUCCAAUACUACAAAGAGAAGAUCAUCCUAGAAUGUGCACUCGGGUCGGCUAUUGGAUUCUGGGGUGUUCUCGGAUAUAUUGGACUUCUCGCCCUCUUGUGUUUUAUCCUUGCUUUUCUGUCCAGGAAUCUGCCAGAUAGUUUUAAUGAAGCCAAACUCAUCACGUUUAGCAUGUUGAUAUUCUGUGCGGUAUGGAUCACCUUCAUCCCCGCCUAUGUCAGCUCCCCUGGAAAGUUUACUGUUGCCGUGGAGAUCUUUGCCAUUCUGGCUUCCAGUUUUGGUUUGUUGAUUUGUAUAUUUGUUCCAAAGUGCUAUAUUAUUAUCUUCAGGCCAGAGCGCAACUCCAAAAAACAUCUUAUGGGGAAAAUACCGCCAAGAACCCUUUGA